AUUGCCAAAAAACUUUAGUUUAAAGCGAACAGCCCUUGAGCAAAGUACUCGUGAAUUAUAAUAGUGAUAAAAACUAAAACAAAUAGCGAAUAAAAUGUAUACGAAAUCGAUAGUGGCUAGUGUGCUGAUUGCCUGUAUUUGCGUGCAGUUUGCCGAAUCGCUGGUGUGUUAUACCUGCACCACGCCCAAAGAUUGCAAGAAACCCUCGAAGACCACGUGCAGCAAUGCGGCGGCCAAUGAGACCAGUCUCCAUUUGGGAAUCUACCAUCAGGGAGUGCGAGAUGCCACCAGCACUCGCUUCGAUUGUUUGGCAUUGCAAUACACAUGGAAUAAUCAAGUGAUCCAUCAGUUGCAUGGCUGCGUACAUCCCGCUGUGGGUCCCUGUACAUUGAGCCUGAAGCCUGCCUAUGGGCAUUACAACAAGACUAAAUGCCUCACCUGCUCUGGGGAUAAGUGCAACAAGAGUCCUGCCGGCAAAGUGAGCAGCAGCAUCUACACGAUACUUGCCAGUGUUGUGGGUUUGCUCUUGGUCAAAACCUUGGCUUAAAAUGGGAGCCUUGGACUAUUUUUAAAAAUUAACUAAACAGAGACUAUUGAGAACAAAUACAUUAUUUUUGCUAUAAA